AUGCCUCCCAAGAAGGUUGUCAAAGAAGAGAAGAUUCUGCUGGGCCGGCCCGGUAACAAUCUGAAGAGUGGAAUUGUUGGUCUGGCAAACGUCGGCAAAUCGACUCUCUUCCAAGCAAUUACCAAGUGCAAUCUUGGAAACCCUGCUAACUUCCCUUACGCAACAAUCGACCCAGAAGAGGCUCGUGUUAUUGUCCCGGAUGACCGUUUCGACUGGCUAUGCGAGAAGUACAACCCGAAGUCACGGGUUCCUGCCAACCUGACGGUCUAUGAUAUUGCUGGUCUUACUCGAGGUGCAUCGACUGGGGCCGGUCUUGGAAACGCCUUCUUGUCCCAUAUUCGUGCCGUCGAUGCUAUCUUCCAGGUCGUCAGAUGCUUCGAUGAUGCUGAGAUCAUUCACGUCGAGGGAGACGUAAACCCUACCAGAGAUCUAGAUAUCAUCAGCGAAGAGCUGAGGUUGAAGGAUAUCGAGUUCGUCGAAAAGGCCCUCGAGAACCAAAAGAAGAAGACUCGCCAAGGCGGUCAAAGUCUGGAGCAGAAGAAGGCUAGGGAAGAGGAGGCCACAAUUGAGAAGAUUCUCGCUUGGCUCAAGGAUGGCAAGGACGUUCGCAAGGGUGACUGGACCCCGAAAGAGGUCGAGGUCAUAAACCCUCUGUUCCUUCUAACGGCAAAACCCGUGGUCUACCUCAUCAACUUGUCUGAGAAAGACUACAUCCGCAAGAAGAACAAGCAUCUACCAAAGGUCGCCGAGUGGAUCAAGGAGCACGCUGCUGGAGAUCCGAUUAUUCCUCUAUCGGUCUCUUUCGAGGAGCGGCUGACUCGCUUCGAGACUGAGGCCGAGGCACUCGAGGAGUGCAAGAAUGUCGGUGUUGAGUCCGCCCUGCCCAAGAUCAUCAUCCAGAUGCGCAAGGUCAUGAACCUUGGCUCGUUCUUCACAGUCGGUCAUGACGAGGUCAGACAAUGGACCAUCCGAAAUGGCACGAAAGCACCACAGGCUGCUGGUGUAAUUCACACAGAUUUCGAGAAGACCUUCAUCCAGGCUAUUGUGUACAAUUAUACUGUAUUGAAGGAGUUGGGCGAUGAGGCGGAGGUUAAGGCUAAGGGCAAGAUGAUGACAAAAGGAAAGGACUACGUCGUUGAGGAUGGCGACAUUUUGCUCAUCAAGGCUGGUGCCGCUAAGGGUUAA